AUGAAUCAUCCAAGUUUCACGGGUUCCAGCAUUACUGAGGAUCCAGAGAAUUUUAUUGAAGAACAUAAGAAAGUAUUUGAAAUCAUGCAUGUUGCUGAUACUGAGCGAGUUGAAGUAGUUGUAUAUCAACUCAAGAAUGUUGAUAGGACUUGGUUUGAUCAGUGGAAAGAUGGUACAGUUGAGGAUGCACCACCUACGAAAAUGGUUGUGGACAUGAGGAGUAAAAUGAGCUUAUUUGUUGCUGAGUUGGCUCGUCUGUCGAGUAAAGAAGGUAGAGACGCAAUGCUGAUAGGUGACAUGGAUAACUUAAGGUUGAUGGUGUAUGUGCAGCAGGUAGAGGAAGAGAAGUUGAGGGAUAGAGAGGAGUUUAAGAACAAGAGGGCCAAGACAGGGAAUGAGUCCAGCAUCGUCGCAAUCCAAGCUCUAAAACGAGCUCAAAGAACUGACCCUUCCCAAAUCGAAGCUCAAGACUCAAAAACCUUAAAUCGUCUCAUCAAAACAGAUCUAAUUGCAGCCUACAAAGAACUUCUACGACAAGACCUUUGCGAUUUGGCCCUCAAAGUAUUACCAGCCGUUCAAUUGGAAUGUGAUGUCCCUGAUUUGGGGCUUUAUGCUGAUAUGGUCUUAAGUUUGACCCGGAGGGUUUUGCUUAACAUAAAUAUCGAUGAAUUGAUUUGUAAUUUGGAGAAAGUGGUGACGAUUGAAUGUGAUGAUAAGUCGCUGGUAAGGUUGGUAAGGGUGUUGGUUGCAGGUGAACAUGUGGAAUCUACUAUUAGGAUUUAUGAAUUAAUGAAAAAGAAUGGACGGGGUUCUAGAUUUGAGAUUGAUGAAUAUGUAGCUAAGGUUUUAAGAAGGGGGUUUAAGAGAUUUGGAAAAGAAGAAAUGGUUGAUGGAGUUGAUCAAUAAUUAUAGAGAUUGUCGAGAUUAGUUUAG